UGUGAGGUUGAAGUUGAUGGUUUGUGGGCGUUAGAGGAAUAGGGGUAGUGCUUCUAUUGUCUAGGAGCUGACAGCACGCUUCAUGGUAGGGGAUGGUUAAGGUGACAGAUAGUUGUUAUUUUUGGAGAAGGGAGCUUCCUAGUCCAACUGGUCAUUUCUUUGCUUUUCAGGAACUGAAUUGGGUGGGUUUUUCUUUUAAGCAAUCUUAGCUGUUACUUAACAUUGGCUUUUUGUUUUGUAUUAACUGUCUAGCUAUCUAUAUAUAGACAGACAUCACAUUCUAUUUAGCUGUGAGCUGCUGGAGAGCUGUGCAGUAAAGGAUUAAGCAGUGUGACUCUAUAUACUUUGAAUACUUUCCACCCCAAAGAAAAAAGGAAAGACACAGCAGACCAAAAACAGGAAACAUGCGUGGUCCCACAAGAAACUUGCGUCUUAUUUGAAUACACCUGGUCUUACUGUAUGCUGUAUCAGCAGACCUUUAAAUACUAAGUCCACUGCAAGCAAAGUUUCAUGCGUCGAGAGAUGGACUGCAGUGAAUGCAUUUUGCUGAUCAUUUCUUUUUGCUGUGCUGGGGGCAUGAGCUCUGGGUCGGAAAAAACGGUCUACGGAAGCCUGGGGGGCUCAACGCUGUUGAGCAUAACGCCGGAACUUCAGAAUUUUACUCUGCAAUUUGGCAAAGCUCUAUGGAAAGUAGGUGCGUCGGCUAAAGACACAAAGACAUUUAUCGUCGAGUAUUCUGGAAAUCUUACCAAUUUAAUGGCAGAUAAAGAGCGGAUCAAGUUUCAUCCCGAGAACUUCUCCUUGGAAAUACUGGAGACCAGGAGAGAGGAUGCAGGGCACUAUGAAUACACGGUGAACAAACGCUUUGAGGAACAGUCUUUGCAGUUCCGGUUGGAAGUGUAUGAGCAGGUGUCCAUCCCCAACAUCCAGAUGGUCAGCAAGACCCUGGGGAACGAGAGCUGCGCCAUGAACCUGAGCUGCCUGGUGACGAGCGGGGACAACGUGACCUACAGCUGGAACUGCAGCGAGGGCAACACCUCCCAGCUGCACCCAUACAAUGACAGCUUCCUGCACCUCUCCUUCACCCCGGGGGAGGGCAGUGUCUCUUGCACCUGCACCGCCAGGAACAGAGUCAGCCAGCGAGCCACCAGGCUCAGCUUCCCCGUGGAGUGCAGCAACAAGCCAGGCGGCUCGCUCAGGAAUGAGCUCUUGGAAUUCAUCGUGCCAAUAGCCAUUGUGGGGGUUCUGGUCCUCUGUGCAGGGGUCACAUACCGGCUACGACACAAAGGCCAAAAAGAGCAUUCUCAGCUGAAGGAGGAAAAGGAAAGUUGCACAAUUUACUCACAAGUCCAGAGGGUGGAGCAGCCGAAAAGCCCUCGCCCCCCUCCCGUGGAGGAGAGGUCUGAGUGCACCACCAUCUACGUCUCCGCCACCGGGCUACCUCCAGACACUACUCAGCCCCAAGAUCCAGGGCUGAUGACCAUUUAUGCCAGUGUGAUGCCCAUAACAAGCUGAGACCCUCCCCGGGGAAUGUGCAAAAUUGUAGCUGCUCUGGAGACACCGACGGACUUUUACCCUGCACGCAGCAGAAACCCAUCUCUCCAGCUGGCUGAACUUUUACCCACGUCCACGUGAAACCCCCUUGGCUCCACAGAAACGGGAUAAAACUCCACCGUGCAAUAGCGUUUGGCAUAACCAUGCCUCAUUGCAUCCCAACCGAGUCCCAAGGCUGUAAACGAGAGUCACAGAGUUUGUAACAGCAGAGCAGAGGGGAAGAAUCUAAGUGAAGCGAGACAUCCAUGAGGGACUUUGCUAUUGACUUUACGUGAGAGGCUCCCAAAGACAACGAUGAUGGGUGGCCGUAUAAAACCCUAGGUUGGACAGAUAGAGAGACAAGCACAGGAAAAAGAGGGAGGAUUGCAGGUGAGACUGGCUAGGUGAGGAGACAGAGGGAGAUACAGAAAGGCUGUUCCAGGUGACCGGAGCUGCAAAGGAGAAGGUUCUCUCACCACCGGCAGCCAGAUGGUGCAAUGGCUCCGAAAGGAGGCUGAUGCUGGAGGACUAGAGGGGAGCAGAGACAGUGAAUCUGUCUAUUGCAAGUUCCAUGGAGGGUUUCAAAAAUAAAGCGAACUGGAUCCAA